CUAAAUUAUUGUUUUGGCCAUUUUUUAUUUUCUGUCAGGCUAUUAAACAGUGUAAAUAUGCCGGGCAGGAGGAAAAUAAUAUGUGAUGGACACUAAACAGUCUCCAUCUAAGAAGAAGCUGAUAUCCAUCAAAAAAGAGAAGUUUAUGCGUGAAGUAGAUUGCGACCGCAACUCUGGGAACCAACCGCGUUUCCCCGAAAAGGAAUUCCUUUUAGAUCUAGAAAUAUUUCGAAAAUCUCCGACUCAACGUCAAGCUUCGCAGAGAGUUCUCUUAUCGAUAAAGCCACGCGCUCCUGCCAUUAAAACUCUCUACAUUGCCGAAAAGAGUCGUUUCCACUGUAGAAAGGGCUCUGACAAAUCGUAUUCUCGGUCAAGACUUGGCAUAGGAGAUCACUCGUCUUUUACCACAUAUUUCAGUAGCGAGGGUGAGUUCGAUUUCCACUCUGUAGCUUGCGGCACAGACAAGAAGGUUCUUGUUUCAAGUGAUUUCGAAAGUGAAGAACUAUCUUCGACCACAGACGUCGAGAGAUCGCCGAAACUUUCAUUAUGCACCCAGGUUGAUCACCGGCAAUCGAUAAAUGUGUUCAAAGCCCAAAGACAGUCUGCAGAAAAAUGCUAUGUUUAUACUCAACCUCAGUUUACUAUGAACCUUCCUAAAGUCCAGAUUAAAACCGAGAAAUCGAAAGUGGACCUAAACAAGGUCGAUAUCGGUACUUUGAUCAUUACGAACACGUCUUCCGAAGAUUCGGUCCCUAUAAGUAAUAAUCUCCUUCACAAGCUGCUCAAAAGAAUUGACCACCUGGAACGUAAGAUUUUACGACAAGAAAUGGUAUUUCGUUCCAUUGAUCCUAAUAUACAAUUGUCUUCGUCAGAUGAAGAAUGUAAAGAGUACAAGAUGAGAACGGCAUCGGGAUCCGGCUGUAGCUACAUUCAGCAGUACAGCCACAUUCCUGAAACUUCGGCAUUCCAGCGGUAUGCGCAACAGUUCUCUCCAAUAUCACAGAGCAAAGCGACUAAUUUGGAAAAAGAACAUAACUCCGAGCAGUACAGCCGCGAUUUCACAGCUUACGAUGGUAUUACUGCGCGUGGCAGACGUCAAUGUGCCUCCGUGCCCUGCAAAAGGGAGGAGUUUCCUAAAGUGGCCGCCGAAAGGGUGCAUAAAAUACGGCACAAACUUAAUCCAGUGCGCGAUUACCGUCUUAUGGACACCGUUCACUAUUUAGCACAAGGUGAAUUUGCUCCUCGAGACGAUGGCAUAAAGUUAACACCAUCUAGAGAAGGUGUUCUCAGUGAUAUUAUCUGGGAAGAUGUUUGUCGAACUCACUGGCCUAAUACGCGCCUCGGUCGUCGCAACCCCCCACCACCAGAACGCGGCGGCACCAGGGGCGAACUGCAGCGUCUUAUCGAUAGCUUGCUGCGCGAGCGAGUGGCGCACGUCGAGCGCAGAAGACGUCGCCACUACAGGAUCGUAAAACUUAAUCAUCGCAACGAAAACUGUAGAUCGGUCGGCAAAACUGGGGACAUCAUUGUGGCGAGCCAUAAAAAAAAGGAUUGCAACGGUGAGCGAGAAGUUCCAAUCUGCGACCAUAACGCUGCCAGUGCCAUGAUGACAACUAGGCGCUGGGAAGAUGACUAUCACCAUAAAAGUCACAGGAGCCAUGAUCGUUUGAUGUUUACCGACAUGCGGCAAAGACGCCGUUAUCGAGCUGAAGACUGUUCACCGGGGCCGAGUUACCUUAUUCCCCAUGGACCAGGUAACAGGGAACCGACUUGUUGCUACCACACUACGGAUAGAAACAGGAUGUCUGCGCCAAAAGUAGAGCAAACGCACCCCAAAACUGCCCCUGAGCUGAAGGCUAGCGGUAGCAGUUGCACCACCAAACCUCCGAGGCAUCCUCGCCUCGUCGUCAAGAAAGAUUCGUCCCUACGUAGACAGAAAGAGGAACCUAAUCUAGAACAGUACAUCUUAUUGCCUACUCUUGUCAUACGCACGCCUUCUAACGUGAAGCGGCAGAAAAAAUUCAACGAGUUGUACCAUCGUAUUCUUAACGUACAAAUGAAUAAAGAUUAUGAAAGCGCUGUGGUAUCGGAGGCUGCAGAGUGCAAUCCAGAGCCUAGUCCUAACAAGAAAGACAUAGGAUUUAACAUAAACAUUGCCACAUGAAAGUAAAUAACUAACACCUACACAAUUUUGGGAAAUAUGAUAGUAAAAUAUCUCUAUAUUUCAAUUAAAUUUAUUAAGAUUCUUACAAACCUGAAAUAUUUGGUCCCCAAUGACAAGUAUCAAAUGUAUUUGAUUAAACUUACAACGCAAUAGUAGUGAAUGCUGGUACACCCAAAUAAAAC